AUGCUAGGCAUGGAACUGCUGUACUUGCUAGCCCCGGAGACGAGCGUGCCGGCAUUUGUGUUUUUGAACCUCAUACCCGGCUUGGGAUUAGGCUUGCUGUUUGCGAGCAUGAACCUGGCCAUACAGGCAGCGGCGACAGAGAGGAAUGUUGGGUAUGCGGCGGCCAUAUAUAUCUUCAUGCGCUCGCUCGGCCAAAGCGUCGGUGUUGCCGUCGGCGGUGUCAUAUUUCAGAGCGAAUUUGCCGUUGAACUCCGUGGGUACCCGGACCUAGCCAGGAAUGCGACCGCGCUAGCGCAAAAUGCCAGUGGGUUGGUGCAGGUCAUCAAGGCGAUGCCCGAGGACGCGGCGGAGAGGACCGCGGUCGUGAAUGCAUACGCGGACGCGUUGAAGGUCGUAUGGGCGGUCAUGGCCGGGCUGGCGUUUGUCGCACUUCUGCUGGCUCUCGGAACAAAGGGGCUAAGUUUAAAUGCGGAGAUGGAGACGGAGCAGGCGCUCAGAGAGCGAGAGAGCGAUCAGCGUUGA